AUGACUCAGACAAAUAUUUCCCCUUGGCAAAACAUUGUUGCCCGAAAGAGGGAAGCCAGGAAUAAGGCGCUCAAGCCUUUCCUUACAGAUAAUUUGAACCACAGAGGAGAGUGGGUGGUGUCCGUAGCUGAAAGAUCGCAAACCGGCUCGGAGAAGACCCAGAUUAUCACGGACAUCAGCAGCAUUGAAGUCCUCCAUCAGCAACUGGAGAAGGGAGUUUUCACGGCGGAAGAUGUUGUCCUAGCUUAUAUCAAGAGGUUCGGGUGUUCUGUUGACUAUAGCCUUUACCGAUUCUGUGACGCUAACUGGUGUCUUCAUAGGGCAACAAUUGCCCAUCAAAUGCUAUUGCAGACCAAUGCCAUCACCGAAGUGCUGUUUGAGGAUGCGCUCAAGCAAGCCCAGGAGCUUGAUAAGACGUUCGCGGAGACGGGAAGGCUCCAGGGCCCACUGCAUGGGAUUCCUAUCUCACUUAAGGACCAAUUCAACGUGAAAGGUCAUGACACCACUUUAGGAUACGUUGGUCGUUCGUUCGCACCCGCGAAGGAAGACGCAGUGCUGGUCCAGAUUCUGAAGGAUAUGGGUGCGAUCCCGUUUGUAAAGACGAAUUUGCCGCAGAGUAUUAUGUGGUGCGAGACGGAGAAUCCUCUCUUCGGGCUCACGCUCCAUCCGAUGGACCCGGAACUCACACCCGGCGGAUCGACAGGAGGGGAAGCUGCCCUACUUGCACUGCAUGGUUCCGUACUCGGAUUUGGCACAGAUAUCGGUGGCAGCAUAAGAAUCCCUCAAAAUAUGGUUGGCCUUUAUGGAUUUAAGCCGAGUAGCUCCCGAUUGCCUUAUUAUGGCGUUCCUGUCUCUACAGAGGGCCAGGAGCAUAUCCCUUCCGCUGUUGGGCCGAUGGCACGAGAUUUGUCCACCAUCAUUCAUAUCAGCCGCCUUCUUGCCCAAUCCCAGCCUUGGAAAUUAGAUCCAAGGUGUGCCCCCUUGCCUUGGAGAGACGAUAUGUUUUUGGAACUCCAAUCUCGGCCAAUGGUGAUCGGCCUCAUCGUCGAUGACGGUGUCGUGAGAGUCCAUCCGCAUAUAAGGCGACAUCUACUCCGACUAGCAGACAAACUAAGGGCUUUAGGACACGAGAUUGUGGAAUGGGAUACCGAAGGGCAUGAUGAAUGCAUCGCUAUUAUGGACGCAUACUAUACCGUUGAUGGGGGCGAAGACAUAAAGCGUGACGUGGCCAUUGCUGGCGAACCGUAUGUCCCUCACGUCGAAGCUCUCAUAAACAGGGGCAAACCCAUCUCCGUGUACGACUACUGGCAAUUAAACCGGAAGAAAUUUGCUGCUCAAAAGAGGUAUCUGGAUAAAUGGAAAAAGACAACAUCUCCGUCAGGCAAGCCUGUCGACAUUCUUCUCGCUCCAACCAUGCCACAUACAGCCGUACCCCAUCGAUGCUGCCGUUGGGUCGGCUAUACGAAAGUUUGGAAUUUUCUUGAUUAUCCUGCACUUACAUUCCCAGUUGGUAAGGUCGACGCGGAUCUCGAUAUCCUUCCAUCUAAGCUGUAUAAACCACGCAAUGAUUUAGAUGCUUGGAACUGGGCUCUCUACGAUCCAAUCAAGAUGGUAGGAUACCCCGUUAACCUUCAGAUUAUAGGGCAGAAACUGGAAGAGGAGAAAGUUUUGGGUGCUGCAGUUGUGAUAAAUAAGGUUUUACGCAUUCAAAGGAGUGAUCGAGUUCAAGAGAAUUGA